AUGACUUGUAAAUUGCUCCCGUAUAUACUUCAAGAACUUCCUGAUAUAACAGAAGUUAUAAAUUAUCCGAUAAAAAAUGUCCACCGUAUAAAGUUUACAUGCUUUGAUGUAUCAAAAUCCUUAAUAGCAUUUGGUGCCACAAGUGGUGGUAUCUAUGUUUACAACAGAAAUCCCUGUGAGUUUGUGCAGCUGAUACCCAACAAGGAUGGUCCCAUAACACGCCUCGCUAUUUCUACAGAUGAAAAACAUAUCGGUUUUUCUAAUGGCAAAGGUACUGUUACGGUUACUGGCUGUGACCAAUCGCUAAGUGGAGGAUACUCAUCAGCUGUUUCAAAAGAGCACCAUGGGAAUGAAAUAACGUCAAUGGUUUGGAGUAGGAACAUGCUUUUUAGCGGUGAUGAUGUUGGGAGAGUUUCGGUACUGCAGCUGCAGAGUUUUAUUGCCAAAACAAUGUUUCACAGUUCAUCUCAAAUUAUUUUGAGCCUGGACUCAAGAAUUUGCCAGCUGGAUGCCAAAGAUUGUAUGUUGCUUGUAUCUACCCUUACGCGUUGCUAUAUUUGUAAUAUUAUUCAAGAACAAUACAGACAAAUUGGUCAAAAACUUCGAGAUGGUGAAUUUGGUGCUUGUUUUGUUACGAAAGAUAAAUCUGCUCUUAAUGGCUCAACAGAAAAUAAUCAACAGGAUUAUACUGAAUUAAAGAAAUACAACAUAGUAGAUAAUGAUGCUGGAUUUACUGUUGGAGAACAACUUUCUAACACUCUCAUAUACUGCGCUAGACCAUCAUCUAGACUAUGGGAAGCGACAAUUGAUGGUACGGUCAGAAGAACACAUCAAUUCAAACAGGUAUUAGCAAGGCGACCAUUGAAUGUAGUAACAGUGGAAUCUUAUGAUAAUGAAAGCCUAUCACUUUGGAAUUUGGACGAGGAAAGUGUUGGACAAUCUGUUAACUUUCCCAAAAUAUAUUGGAUUAAUAGUGCCAUAUUCUCGUUUAAUAAAAAUUCACUAUAUUUUUUAAAUAUUCACAAUGUAAAUAAUACAGUUUGGUUUGACACAUAUAAAGAUAUUGUAGAUUGCAAAAUAUAUCACGAUAUGCUCUAUAUAUGGCUAAGCAAUGGCUCUCUAGUCAAUACGAGAUUCAUGCAGUUGGAUAAGUUUUUAGUUAAAUGUUAUAUUGAUGAGAAAUAUACCUUAUGUGCUGAACUAUGUGCCUUGUAUAGAGAUCAUUUGCUUUCUAACAAUUUAUCACCUAAAUUGCAUAUUUUGGUUGGACUGAGAGAUAAAUUGCAUAAUAAUGGCUUAUUAAAUAGUAUAAGUAAUAUGUUAGAGAAAUUUGAUAGUUUACAAUUAGGUGAAGCAACUCAGAUGAAAUCUGGAAUAUAUGUUGUUGAUAAUACAUAUCAAACACAGACAAUGUUAGAUGAAAAUUUUGAUUCUAAAACUAAUGACGAUAACUUAUUUUCUACAAUAUCACCUGAGACUUUACAAGCUUUAAGAGGUAUAAGCAGUGCUAUGUCAGAUAAAUUCAGUUCAAGUAAAAAGAUAUUAAAGGAAAAAUGGGAGGAUAUCGAAGAAAAAGUAAAACAUUUUGGUACAGAAAAACAAAAUUCCCAAGAACAAUCAGUUACAAAACAUAUACAAGGGAUAGAAACGGCUCAAAGAAAGAUAUCCUAUGAGGAGAACUCGCACACUGAACAUAAUUUCCCUUUGGAUAAUGAUAUUAUAUUUAAAGACUCUAGUCAAAAGGUCGUAGAAGCGGACAAUAAUAUUGUAGACAAUGACAAAAUUUGCAGGUCAUUGUACCAGUACCAUAGAUUAAGCUUAGUGAAUAAGGAAUCAGAGCAAACGAAUUUAACCUCUAUAAUAGAAAGCUACACCUGUGAUAUUAGUAAGAUCUAUGACCUAAUGGUUUCAUUGGAGCAAUAUUGUAUUUCAAUAGGAGCUUUAGAUGAAUCAAAGUUUGUUCCAAAUUAUAUAUUUCUCGCAUAUUUAAAUCUUUCUAGGAAUAAGUGUAAUAUCUUGGAUACAAUUAUAAAGGAGGAAGUGCUAUACAAAUAUUUUGUUGAUUCCUGUAUAUCAGUGAAUAUCAAAACACAUAAAAUAUCAAAUCUUGGCUGCGAGUGCGGCUUUCCUUUGCCGUUUGCACGAACAAAUGGAACACCGGUAUUCUCUGAAUUAAUAGAUGAGUUUAUAGAGAGGCAAUGGUCAUGCCAAACGAAAGAACAGUGUUACGAUAUUUGUAAGAAGAUGCCGUAUUUGUGGAGGAAGAUUUUGUACUUAAGACGAAAUGAAGACCUAUUAAAUGUUUUGCGGAUACUACUGCAAAUGCUCGAUGAGACACUUCUACAUUCAUUUUUGCCACAAUUCACAUUGGAGAUUUGGGACCGGGCUAUACAACUGUACGCUGUACUGCACGCUAACAUCUGUUUAAAUUGUAACAAAACAUUUGAACAUGUGUCUGUUAAAGACAUGUUAAGUUGGGACGAUUUAGGCGCCCUGAUAAUCAAAUCGGUAGGUGGAAAGAACGCUAUUGAAGUUAUGAAGAAACAUGCUAAUCUAAUUGAUAUUGCAGCAGUUACAAUGAAGUUUUAUCAUUCAUGCUUGCUGGUGUCAAUGUAUGAGAAAUAUGAUGUGACAGUCACAGCACAAUUAGUUGAUACAGUUUACAGUUCUUAUGAAUUCAAAGACUCAAGAUUGGAGAUCUGUCAUCUGCUUCGAUGUACAACUAACGGACAGAUAAAGAACACAGCUUUACCGUUAACUGUUGCAGCGAAAUCAUCUCAUUGGGGCUUAAGAUCUGUGCGUGAGAAGUUGUUAUUAUUACAUAAUUCUGAAGUAGUAGGCGCGAAAGACAAAAAUGUUACUCUACAAGAUAUUUUAACAGUAAUGUUGGAAAUAUUUAACGGCGUAAACGACUGUGUAUUAUGUGGCCUGCCUUUACAGAAUGAAGUUUUAAUCAAAGAUGGCGGUUUGUGGACUUUUAAGUGCGGUCACACUUUUCACGGUGCAUGCUUAGAUUUGAAUAAAAUAAAGCUUUGUCCAUCUUGUUCUCUACAUUGA